AUGUCCGUGACAUCAUGCACAUCCCCUGACGCACCGACUCAAGUUGCCCAGGUCGUCAGUAAACGCACCAAUUCUUUGGGAUGGGCCAAAUCUGAUUGCCACACUUGCUUCUCGCUCCGUCGUCACUGCGAUCGAAGGCGUCCUCGUUGCAGCGCAUGUAUCGACGAUGGGAUAGUCUGCGCGGGCUACGUUCAACAACUCGAUUGGGAGCGAGGCAAAUCUCGGAAGGGGAAACCUCCUCGUACGGGAACCACCAAGAAAUACGAUCUCACAAAAUCCACCCACGCCAUUGCCCAACUCCCUCAGCCUUCAGCCUUUGUCUUUGUGGAUGAAUCCGACAAUCCUCUCAAACCAAGAAAGCGAUCCCUCGACUUGUCAAAAUCUCACAGAGAGCUCGGUGAUGUCAUUUCCGGUUUUGGCCAUGUCCAGCCCCUUCGUCGCCACUCAUCAGCUUCCCGCUCCUCAGCACCGUGGACCGUUGCCAGGAGUGCUUCCAUUCCUGCUAUUAUGCGCACUGCCCUUUCCAUUCCCAUAAGUAUCGAAACACCUCUGACAAGGUUUGAGGAGAGCUUAUCGUUUUUCCACAAUUGUUUCGCUGAGACCACGCUCACGUUCCCCGUUCCUAUCAACCCCUGGCAGUCUGCCAUUCCCCACAUUCACAACAACAAUCCAUGUGUCCGCUUCGCUGUGCUAGCCGUUGCCCAAAGACAGCAUGCUCAUCUUAGCAAUGCAGCCGAGAAUGUAUCAGUUCUUACACUCAAGGACAAGGCCCUCUCGCUGUUUGCACACACUCUGCCUGACCUUUCUUUUGAAGCCGGCAUUAGUACAGCACUGCUUCUACUGGCUCUCGACUACGCCGAAUCUGGCUAUUCCAACUGGCCUGUCCAUCUUCGUGGCGCUCACAAGAUUCUCGAGCUGAACGGUGGAAUUUCUCUGGCCGAGUCCCGGCCCAACUUGCGAAGUCAGGUCGCUAUGCUUCUGUGGUACGAUGUUAUUUCAGCGCUAACGUCCCGAUGCGGACCCAUAUUCCCCCGAUCAUAUCUAGAAACUUUGAUGUUUUACCAGUCUGAAAGCGAAUGGAGCUUUCUUGCCUUGAGCGGACUUCCCGAUGACCUGUUUGUCGACAUGUACGACAUAUGCGUUGCUGCAGGGAGGCUCGACACGAUCACGCAGGAAGAAGUCAUCCGGUUCCAGAAUAAGUUGUGGAAUUUCGAAAUCGUGACUCAUGGCAACGAAAUGUUCCACGCCAUGUGUGAGGCAUGGAGACUCUGCAUACUCCUGUACUGUGCACGCGUCUUCCCUCAGCCGCCGCCGGUUGCUUUCAAUUCGAACAUGGAGCCGGCUGAAGAUUCUGAGGUGGCGCCCGCAACAACGUCGGCAACAUAUCCCACUCCCCUGGACCCACACGAUUUGGCGGUCCAGAUCAUCCGAUAUAUUGCAAAACUUCCUCCACUCAGCUCUCUGCAGAAGCAAUGCGUCUUGCCGGCCAUGUUGGCUGGGUGCGAGAUUCGUUCGAACGAGCCGGAACUGAGAAAGAUCAUCGUCGACUAUGGCGAGCGGUGGAAGAAGAAGACGGGGAUCUGGAUCUGGGAUUCCUCGAGCGAGUUCAUGGGCGCUGUAUGGGCAGUCAACGACCAGGCGACAGGCGACGACGCAUGCAUCAUUCCCUGGACGGAGGUUGUUUUACCCAGCAGUGAUUAUGGGUAUAUGUUUGGAUGA